CCACACAUUUCUUCAACUACAAACAAUAAUUAUUACAUAUUCUUCCCCUCUACGUUCCUUUCUGUUCAAUUCAAACCCAUAAAUCAAAGCUCGAAGAAUUCAAGUGAAUCGAAAAAAAGAUGGUUUUGUCUAAGACAGCUUCUGAAUCCGAUGUUUCAAUCCAUUCAACUUUUGCUUCUCGUUACGUCCGCAACUCUCUCCCACGAUUCGAGAUGCCUGAGAACUCGAUACCAAAGGAAGCAGCGUACCAAAUCAUCAACGACGAGCUAAUGCUCGAUGGUAACCCAAGGCUAAACCUAGCCUCCUUUGUGACCACGUGGAUGGAGCCAGAGUGUGACAAGCUCAUGAUGGAGUCCAUCAACAAGAACUACGUCGACAUGGACGAGUACCCUGUCACCACCGAGCUUCAGAACCGUUGCGUCAAUAUGAUUGCGCGUCUCUUUAACGCGCCGCUCGGUGACGGCGAGGCUGCGGUUGGUGUCGGCACGGUGGGAUCGUCGGAGGCUAUUAUGUUGGCCGGGUUGGCUUUUAAGAGACAGUGGCAGAAUAAGCGUAAGGCCCAAGGGCUUCCUUAUGAUAAGCCCAAUAUCGUAACCGGAGCUAAUGUUCAGGUUUGCUGGGAGAAAUUCGCAAGGUAUUUCGAGGUGGAGCUUAAGGAAGUGAAGCUAAGAGAAGGAUAUUAUGUGAUGGACCCUGAAAUAGCGGUGGAUAUGGUAGACGAAAACACAAUCUGUGUUGCAGCAAUCCUCGGUUCGACGUUAACCGGUGAAUUCGAAGACGUUAAGCUCCUCAACGACCUUCUAGUCGAGAAAAACAAGCAAACCGGAUGGGAUACGCCAAUCCACGUGGACGCAGCGAGUGGUGGAUUUAUUGCACCGUUUUUGUAUCCGGAGCUGGAGUGGGAUUUCCGGCUACCGUUGGUUAAGAGCAUAAAUGUGAGUGGUCACAAAUACGGUUUGGUUUACGCUGGAAUCGGUUGGGUUGUGUGGAGAACCAAAUCCGAUUUGCCUGAUGAACUUAUCUUCCAUAUCAAUUAUCUUGGCGCCGAUCAACCCACCUUCACUCUCAACUUCUCCAAAGGUUCAAGUCAAGUCAUUGCUCAGUACUACCAGCUAAUUCGUCUUGGAUUUGAGGGAUAUCGCAACGUGAUGGAUAAUUGCCGCGAAAACAUGAUGGUGUUAAGAGAAGGACUAGAGAAAAUGGGACGUUUCAACAUCGUCUCAAAAGAAAACGGCGUUCCGUUAGUAGCGUUUUCUCUAAAAGACAGUAGCCGUCACAACGAGUUUGAAGUGGCGGAAACGCUUCGGCGUUUCGGAUGGAUCGUUCCGGCCUACACGAUGCCUGCGGAUGCGGAACACAUUACAGUUCUUCGAGUCGUGAUUCGAGAAGACUUCUCUCGAACCUUGGCCGAGAGGUUGGUGGCAGACUUUGAGAAGGUUCUUCACGAGCUAGACACGCUUCCGGCGAGGAUUCACGCCAAGAUAGCUAACGGAAAAGUUAACGGUGUUAAGAAGACGGAAGAGGAGACGACGAGGGAUGUUACGGCGUAUUGGAAGAAGUGUGUGGAGACGAAGAAGACCAACAAGAACAAGAUUUGCUGAUAAAAUUUGCUACUGAAUUAUUAAUAUUUUAUCCCUUUUUUUUUGUCAAAAUAUUUUAUCCCUUAUUAAGUUCCUUUUAAACCAUUUUCUUUCAUGCUGCUGGGAUUAUUUUUGGUUUCAUUUUUUUAAUAAUGAUUUGAUGUUAUGAUUUGUAA